AGUCAAGGGGUUUUCAUGGGCGCCGGGAGGCGGGACCGGGCUUGAGGGCAGCUGCCGGUUCCCACUGGGGGCCUAGUGGGCCUUCCCCGCCUCAGAGCACCCCCGGCUGCUCAAAGAGCGGCCCCUCCAUCAUGGGGGUCCGUGAGGAGGGGUCCUGCCCCUGGGAAUCGCUUCGUGCCGCCGUGUAGCGCCAUAGGCUGGUGCUGCUGGAAGCGGGGGGGGCUCCCCGGGGUCCCCCUCGGUGCUCCCCCUCCUCAGCGCGGCCGCGGCCCUGGCAGGAGCAGCGCCAGGCCGGCCCUGUCUGCCAGGGCAGGCACGGGGGGCUCCUCCUGGCCCCCCCCGCCCCGGGUCCUGCCGCCGGCCUCCCGGGCAGGGACCCCCUGUUGGGGGGAGGGGGGGGGCUGCCCCGUGCCUGCCCCGGCCUGGCGGCUGUGCUGUGCCACGCAGGGACCCGCUGGGGACACGUCCCCCAGCACGCGGGGCUCAGAUGGCCCCCCUGGGGACAUGUCCCUCAACACAGGGUGGGCUUGCAGGGACCCCGUGGGGACCUGUCCCCAGCUCAGGGUGGGCUCCCAGGGACCCCCAGGGGACCCGUCCCUGGACACGGAGGGACCCAUCGCCCAGCUCAGGGUGGGCUUACAGGGACCCCCCUGGGGACCCAUCCCCAGCACAGGGUGGGCUCGCAGGGACCCCCUGGGGAUCCGCCUCCAGCUCAGGGUGGGCUCACCAGGUCCCCCAGCUCCGGGUGGGCUCGCAGAACCCCCCCGGGGACCGUCCCCACGCGGGUGUGGGUGCCGCGGGCUCUGUGUGGGGUGAGGCGGCCGCGCCUGCCCGUUCCGCCCAGCCCCACCUCACCCGGUUGAGCAGGUUUGAAGUCCACAGGGCCCCGGCAGUGGCCGCGUCCCAAGGCCCCAGCCCGGCUCCCGCCACCCCCCCGGCCCCAUGGCCCCCCCGCCUCUCUCCAGGGUGAAAGCAGCAGGGGCAGUGACCUCGCCCCCUCUCGACACCCCAAAACGCAGAAGAGCAUCUUGCCUGCACCGAACCAGCUUCUCCCAUGGCUGCUGCUGACCCCGUCCUGCCCCCUGAGGAGGUGGCUUUGCUGGAGCUGGGGAAGGUGGCCCUGGCCACCCCCCCAGACAAGGUGCCACCAGCCCCAGAUGAGCACCUGGGGGACCCUGACAGCACCCUGCCAUGGGACCGGUGCCAGCAUGGUGCCCACUGCCAGCCAGAGCCCGCCGAGACCAAGAGGCGUUCAAGCCCUGAGGGGGGCCAUGAAGCCCCCAGGGAGGCUGCUGUCACCUGCCCCCCAGCCGAGGCCGAAGCCGAGGAAGCCCCCGGGCCACCCAUGAUGGCAGCCCAUGUCUUUGUGCCCAUCGACCCCCAGUGCAUCGAGCGGACCCCCGGCAAACAGAAGAAACAAGCCACCCCGCGGCCCCAGCAGGAGGGCAAGGGGGGCUACGUGCCCCACAGCGACAGACCCGACAUCCUCCGCCAGAAGCAGGUCUUCCUCCCCACGGGCCCCUCACGCUACAGGGACCCGCUGGGCUUUGAGGGGCGGGUGGCCAAGGCACCGACCCAGGAGCCACCGUGCCCAUGCGUCAGGGACUGCAGGGCCGGCAACUUCAAGGCCGUGGCUUCAGUGGCGGCGGCCCUGCUCCUCUGCCCCUGCCUUGUCUACGGAGCCUACGUCUUCCUGCCUUUCGAUGCCCCACUGAUGCCCACCGUCAGCGCCCGCCUGGUCUACACGCUGCGCUGCGCCGCCUUCGCCACGUUCCCCAUCGUCCUGGGGAUGAUCAUCAGCGGCAUCUCCCGCCUCUGCUCAUCCGCGCUGGAGCCCUUCGGGGAGCUGCAGCGGGAGGUGGAGAUCCACCGCACCUACGUCUCCCAGUCCAUCCACCUCUUCAUCCUCUACUUCUUCAACAUGGCAGUGCUGGCCACCUACCUCCCGCAGGAGGCCCUCAAGCUCAUCCCGCUGCUCACCGGGCUUUUCGCCAUCUCCCGGCUGAUUUACUGGCUGUCGUACGCCAUCGGGCGCUCCUUCCGCGCUUUCGGCUUCAGCAUGACCUUCCUGCCCCUCCUGGCCAUGCUGCUCUGGAACCUCUACAGCAUGUUCAUCCUGGAGCCCGAAAACCUCCUGGCUGUGGCCACGCCGCAGCCUGAGGGCCGCUCCAAGGACGGUGGAGCCAAGCUCCGGUACUGGGGGUGAGAGGGGCUCCGGGGAGAUGUGGGUGCAGGGGUGCCAAGCCAGCAGAGCCCUCUUCCAUGGGGAUGGGUUGGUGGGAUGUGCCAACCUCCUGCCGGAGCCGGCUUUGCCCAAUAAAACCCUUCACCACGUG